AUGGCCGACGCUCUCAUCUCCGGUGUUGUCGAACAGCUGAUCAACAUCCUGAAUCACCAAGCCCAGGAGUUGAAAAGAGUUUUGGGUGUGAAGAAGGAUAUCAAAAACCUCUCAUCAAAGCUCGAGAAAAUCAGGGAGGUAUUGGAUGAUGCAGAGAAGAGAAGCUUUAAGGAAACGGGCAUCAAACUCUGGAUCGAAAAUAUCCAAGACUUCUCCUACCAAGUGGAUGAUGUUCUAGACGAGUGGAGAACCAGAACUCUUGCAAGUCGCAGCUCUUUCCUGCCUUCGCGUUUCCAUUACAAAAGGUUUGCUAUUCAUCGAGACAUCGCCAAGAAAAUAAAGGAGCUUGAUUCAACACUUGAUCGGAUUACGAAAGAGAAAGAUCAGUUCAAAUUUGAUUAUGCAUCAUCUAUAACACACACUUCUGCAGCAUCACACUCUGAUCAAGAAUUGAUGCGAGUCACCACUGCGUUUGAUGUCGAUGCGUCUGAGAUUCAAGGUAGGAAAUCCGAUGCCAGUGCUUUAAUAAGCAAAUUAGUGGAGAAUUCUGGAGAAGAAGAAGCAAGAAAUGGAAAUGGCCCCCCUGUGAUUUCCAUAGUGGGCACGGGAGGGAUAGGGAAAACUACUCUUGCUCUACUAGUCUUUGGGGAUGAACAGAUCAAAACUCAUUUUGAUGAAAGGGUGUGGAUUUGUGUCUCCGACCCUUUUGACCAGAUCAAGAUUGCAAAAGCCAUUGUUGAGUCAACCACUAAAAGCUCCACAGAUCUGUCUCAACUGCAUGUAUUACUGGCAAAAAUCCAAAGCACUUUGUCUGAGAAAAGGUUCCUACUUGUGAUGGAUGAUGUGUGGACAGAGCAGUCUGCAAAGUGGGAGCCAUUGAAGAACUCUCUCAAGGAUGGACUCCCCGGGAGUAGAAUCUUGGUGACCUCAAGGAGUGAGAGGGUUGCUAGAAUGAUGGGAAGUGUGUAUCAGCAUCAGUUGGAUCUAAUAUCUGACUCGGAAGCUUGGUUGUUGCUUAGCAGGAUAGCAUUAUCUGGGAGAAGGGAAGAGGACUGUAAGAAACUGAAAGAUAUUGGUCAGAAAAUUGCUCAAAAGUGCAAAGGGCUGCCACUUGCAGCUAAGGUUAUGGGAAGCCUGCUAUGUUUCAAAGACACUAGAGAUGAUUGGCAAAAUGUUUUAGACAAUAAAAUUUGGGAGUUGGAGGAAGUGGUAACAGACCUCUUCCCUCAUUUGUAUCAAAGCUACAAUGAUUUGACCCCAAUGAUGAAGCAAUGUUUCUCAUAUUGUGCUGUCUUUCCCAAAGAUUAUGAAAUAGAGGUAGAAAAGCUCAUCAGAAUUUGGAUGGCACAAGGUUAUGUGACUAUGGAAUCAAAAGGCAGGGAGUUAUUUGGGGGUUUAGCAAAGCGCUCUUUCUUCCAAAAUUUGAAGAAAGAUGACAUGGAUUUCAACAUUAUCAUAUCUUGCAAAAUGCAUGACAUAGUGCAUGAUUUUGCGCAGUUUCUUAGCAAAAAUGAAUGCUACAGCAUUGACCAGCACAAGGAUAAGGCCGGAUUUAAAAAUCUACGUCAUCUGUCAUGGCAGAACACUGGUAAGAAUAUGAAUCUUGCUUCCAUUUGUGAUAUUGGAAAACUUCGCAGCUUUUUUGCUGAAGGUUUUUCUCCCGAACAACUUACUCCUGAUUUGUUCAAUGGUCUGAAAUCUAUGAGAGUAUUAGGAUUGCAUGGUCGUGAGUUGCAAGAACUCCCAAAGAAUAUAGGAAAUUUGCUUCAUCUAAGGUACAUUGAUUUAAGUUGGAGCAACGUAGAAGAGUUGCCGGAUGCAGUUUGUUCUUUAUAUAACUUGCAAACUUUAGAUCUUAGAAGAUGUAGGUGUUUUUCUAGGUUGCCAAAUGGGAUUGGAAAUUUGCAUCAACUAAGGUACAUUGAUUUAAGUUUGAGCAAAGUAAAGGACUUACCUGAUAAGAUUGGAGAUUUGAAUCAGCUAAAGUACAUUAAUUUAAGUUGGAGCAAAGUAGAGAAGUUGCCCGAUACAAUUUGUUCUUUGGAGAACUUGCAAACUUUAGUUCUGGAAAGAUGUGAACAUCUUUCUAGACUGCCUGAAGGGAUUGGAAAUUUGGUUGAGUUAAAGUACAUUAAUUUAAGUUAUUGUACACAAGUGCAGGAGUUACCCAAAGGGAUUGGCAAUUUGAUAAACUUGAGACACCUUAACAUCAGAGGCACCAAUAGGCUGGAGACAAUGCCCCAAGGCAUCGCAAAGCUAACUCAGCUUUGUAGUUUAAGUGAGUUUAAGGUGGGGAAAGAGUCAAGUAAGUUGGGAUACAUGGAGAAGCUGAACCAACUCAAAGGGGAGCUGUCAAUUACUGUUUUGUGCGAUCUGAAUAAUGCAGCAGAUGUGGAGGAAGCAGAGAAAGCAGAAUUGAGAAACAAGAAGCACAUCAAAGAAUUAUGUCUAGAUUUCAGUCCAGGAGUCGAUGUGGGAACGGAUGUGAUGGAAGCUCUGGAACCACCUCCAGAACUGCAAACCUUGCAACUUAUUCGGUACGGAGGAACCCACUUCCCUUCCUGGAUUACACUGUCCCUUGAUAAUCUACGGAUUCUUAAAAUCUAUGGGUGCAGAAAUUGUUCAUCUUUGCCUCCAUUAGGCAAACUGCCUUCUCUGGAGACUCUUUUCAUAUGGGACAUGAAGGAGCUAAGAUAUGUAGGGAGGGAGUUUUUGGGAGUAGCAGAAGUAGGUGGUGUUGCUUUUCCAAAGCUGAAGAAAUUGGAGUUCUACGAUUGUCCCGAGUGGGAGGAAUGGGACGACUUCAAACAAGAAGCAAUAAUAAUAAUAAUAAUGCCAUGCAUCAGGGAGUUGGAACUAAAUUAUUGCAGGAAACUUAAGACAGUGCCACAUCACCUCUUAAGUAGGCUCGAGUCUUUGAAGAUCAAACACUGUCCAAGUCUCAAAGUUGAAUACAGCAAGUGAAAUAUGUGACACUACAGAUGCCGAUUAGAUGUCAAAAUGGUGAUGUCAUCGUUCUUCCAGGUAAUAAGGCUGCCGCUCCUAUUGGAUAGGGGAAUCGUACCUACUUGUAAGUUGUAACCUUAUUGUUACCGCGUUAACCGCCCGACCAAUUUGAUCAUUUGAGUAAAAACUAUAAAUUUAUCUCUUUUUCACUUUGAA